GGUACAAAAAAAGGAGCUCGGCGAAAGGACAGGUCGGAGACCAGCCGCGCUACAUUGAGUCCCCCCUUCUUUUUUUAAAGCCACAGAGACACACUCUGCGAGCCAGUCCGUCCCGUCCACAGCCCAUAGUGUCUUUUUAAAGGGCAGUUUUUGUGUGUUGUUGGGAGUGGAGGGGGUUGGGGGUGGGGUGGGGAAGAUACACAGCGAAGACUCGGCUCUUCCCGUGCGGCCAGUAUCUAUAGGUCGGUGCCGGAGCCGGAUGGCGCCGGUGUAGUUGUGCCAACGAAACUCGGGCGCGUUUCUCUGGAGAAAGAAAUAUCUGAAACAUCUUGUUUGUACGCGGACAGCAGCUGCAGGGACCGAUCCCGCCGGCACGGAUAUCCUCUGGACUCCCUACGAUGUUUGAAACGGAGGGAAGAAGCAUGUCACGGCUGUCUCUGACCCGGUCCCCGGUCUCUCCUCUGGCCUGCCAGGGGAUCCCCCUGCCGGCUCAGCUGACCAAGUCGAACGCCCCGGUGCACAUCGACGUCGGGGGACACAUGUACACCAGCAGCCUGGCGACCCUCACCAAGUACCCGGACUCGAGAAUCAGUCGUCUGUUCAACGGCACCGAGCCCAUCGUGUUGGACAGCUUGAAGCAGCACUACUUCAUAGAUCGGGACGGCGAGAUAUUCCGCUACAUUCUCAGCUUCCUCAGGACCAGCAAACUGCUGCUUCCAGAUGACUUCAAGGAUUUCCACCUGCUGUACGAGGAGGCGCGCUACUACCAGCUGAUGCCCAUGAUCAAGGAGCUGGAGCGCUGGAAGCAGGAGCGCGAGCAGCGGCGAAUGGCGCAACCCUGCGACUGCCUGGUGGUCCGCGUCACACCCGACCUGGGAGAGAGGAUCGCCCUGAGCGGCGAGAAGGUCCUCAUCGAGGAGAUCUUCCCGGAGACAGGAGACGUCAUGUGUAACUCGGUCAACGCCGGAUGGAACCAGGACCCGACGCACGUCAUCCGCUUCCCCCUCAAUGGCUACUGCAGGCUCAACUCUGUCCAGGUCCUGGAGCGUCUUUUCCAGAAAGGCUUCAACGUGGCGGCGUCUUGCGGAGGCGGCGUGGACUCAUCCCAGUUCAGCGAGUACGUGUUGUGUCGCGAGGACCGGCGGAGUCUCUCCCUCAACACGCCCAUCAGGAUAAAACAGGAACCGCUGGACUAGAGCAUCCUGGGAGAGGGACUGCCAACCCUACCAACACUCCUCCUGUCUCCCCACACCACCCCAACCCUAACUACCCCCCCCAUCCCCCCACCCUAACAAGACCACAACCACCCCCAACAUACCGAAGUAUUAGUGGAGGCUUGUUAACCUCACCGCCUCUGCGGAACUCUUAAGAGGAAUGUAGUACCAAACAAAGGAGGGGAAAAAAAGAAAAGUGUCAGCAGCAAAAGUUUUUGAUUAUGUGAAAUGACGGCCGAAGAAUCUGGGACUGUGAUGAAAACAACAACGACGACUCGACUCACGCAGCUCACUUGAACCAUUUUAGCACCAUGACUGGUUGAUUUCUUUUCCCUGUAAUUCUUAUAACAAAGGUGUUCUGACCCUUUUUG